AGCCGGAAUCUCUCGGUCCCAGGCGAUCAUGUGGCACAUGCCGGACAAGCGUCUCGAAAGCCCCGGGAGAGACUAAGACGCAAUCCUCCCACGCGCUUUCUCCCACCCUCGGGCCACUGAGACGGAGGGACAGAGGGCCGCCCUCGCGCGGCCGAGGCCCCGCCUCCCGCCCGUCCGCCCGCGCCCCCAGCGGAAGCCGGAAGCAAAAGCGGGUCCUGCUAGCCCCGCGGCUCCGAACUCGGUGGUCUUGGAAGCUCCGCAGGAUGGGGGAGAAGAUGGCGGAAGAGGAGAGAUUCCCCAAUACAACUCAUGAGGGUUUCAAUGUCACCCUCCACACCACCCUGGUUGUCACGACGAAACUGGUGCUCCCGACCCCUGGCAAGCCCAUCCUCCCCGUGCAGACAGGGGAGCAGGCCCAGCAAGAGGAGCAGUCCAGCGGCAUGACCAUUUUCUUCAGCCUCCUUGUCCUAGCUAUCUGCAUCAUAUUGGUGCAUUUACUGAUCCGAUACAGAUUACAUUUCUUGCCAGAGAGUGUUGCUGUUGUUUCUUUAGGUAUUCUCAUGGGAGCAGUUAUAAAAAUUAUAGAGUUUAAAAAACUGGCGAAUUGGAAGGAAGAAGAAAUGUUUCGUCCAAACAUGUUUUUCCUCCUCCUGCUUCCCCCUAUUAUCUUUGAGUCUGGAUAUUCAUUACACAAGGGUAACUUCUUUCAAAAUAUUGGUUCCAUCACCCUGUUUGCUGUUUUUGGGACGGCAAUCUCCGCUUUUGUAGUAGGUGGAGGAAUUUAUUUUCUGGGUCAGGCUGAUGUAAUCUCUAAACUCAACAUGACAGACAGUUUUGCGUUUGGCUCCCUAAUAUCUGCUGUUGAUCCAGUGGCCACUAUUGCUAUUUUCAAUGCACUUCAUGUGGACCCCGUGCUCAACAUGCUGGUCUUUGGAGAAAGUAUUCUCAACGAUGCAGUCUCCAUUGUUCUGACCAACACAGCUGAAGGUUUAACAAGAAAAAAUAUGUCAGAUGUCAGUGGGUGGCAAACAUUUUUACAAGCCCUUGACUACUUCCUCAAAAUGUUCUUUGGCUCUGCAGCGCUCGGCACUCUCACUGGCUUAAUUUCUGCAUUAGUGCUGAAGCAUAUUGACUUGAGGAAAACGCCUUCCUUGGAGUUUGGCAUGAUGAUCAUUUUUGCUUAUCUGCCUUAUGGGCUUGCAGAAGGAAUCUCACUCUCAGGCAUCAUGGCCAUCCUGUUCUCAGGCAUCGUGAUGUCCCACUACACGCACCAUAACCUCUCCCCAGUCACCCAGAUCCUCAUGCAGCAGACCCUCCGCACCGUGGCCUUCUUAUGUGAAACAUGUGUGUUUGCAUUUCUUGGCCUGUCCAUUUUUAGUUUUCCUCACAAGUUUGAAAUUUCCUUUGUCAUCUGGUGCAUAGUGCUUGUACUAUUUGGCAGAGCGGUAAACAUUUUCCCUCUUUCCUACCUCCUGAAUUUCUUCCGGGAUCAUAAAAUCACACCGAAGAUGAUGUUCAUCAUGUGGUUUAGUGGCCUGCGGGGAGCCAUCCCCUACGCCCUGAGCCUGCACCUGGACCUGGAGCCCAUGGAGAAGCGGCAGCUCAUCGGCACCACCACCAUCGUCAUCGUGCUCUUCACCAUCCUGCUGCUGGGCGGCAGCACCAUGCCCCUCAUUCGCCUCAUGGACAUCGAGGACGCCAAGGCGCGCCGCAGGAACAAGAAGGAUGUCAACCUCAGCAAGACUGAGAAGAUGGGCAACACUGUGGAGUCGGAGCACCUGUCGGAGCUCACGGAGGAGGAGUACGAGGCCCACUACAUCAGGCGGCAGGACCUUAAGGGCUUCAUGUGGCUGGACGCCAAGUACCUGAACCCCUUCUUCACUCGGAGGCUGACGCAGGAGGACCUGCACCACGGGCGCAUCCAGAUGAAAACUCUCACCAACAAGUGGUACGAGGAGGUACGCCAGGGCCCCUCCGGCUCUGAGGAUGACGAGCAGGAGCUGCUCUGAUGCCAGGUGCCAAGGCUUCAGGCAGGCAGGCCCAGGAUGGGCAUUUGCUGCCCACAGACACUCAGCAGGGGCCUCGCAGAGAUGCGUGCAUCCAGCAGCCCCUUCAAGACAUAAGAGGGCGGGGCGAGGUACUGGCUGCAGAGUUGCCUUAGUCCAGAACUUGCCAGGCCUCUGGAGCCAGGCGACUUCUUGGGAAACUGUCAUCUCCUGACUCCUCCCUGAGCCAGCCUCCGCUCAGUGUGGCUCCUCAGCCCACAGAGGGGAGGGAGCACGGGGCCAGGUGCCAGUCAUCUGUGAAGCUGGGGUGCCUACCCCCCACCCGGAGGACCCCUGCGGCCCCCUGCUUAAGAGAAGCACCAUCUACAGUUGUGCCAUUCCCCAGCCACUGCCUUCAUGCUGCCCCCGCCAGACUGGCAGAGCCAGGGGUCAGCCGCCUGCCUUUGAGUCAUCAAGAUGCCUCCGCAGCCACAAUUCUGACCUAAGUGGCAGGGCCCAGAAAUCUUGAAAACCUCCCGCUGCCUUUUGUGAUACUUCCUGUGCUCCCUCAGAGAGAAAUGGAGUGACCUUUUUUUCCUUUACCUGAUUGGCACUUUGCAGUCUGUCUCCCUGGGUAGCAGACAGCUGCUGCCCUUCUCUGGGUAUGUUCUGAAUGUUUACACUGGUACCUUCUGGUAUCUUCUUUAGAGCCCCCUGCAAGCUGCAACCCUAGGCUUUUAUCUUGUGGGGUCAGAGCGCCCUCUAGAGGGAAAAGCUAGAGGCACAGGGUUUCUGCCGGCCCACAACUGCUGUCUUGAUUUGCAUUUUACAGCAAAGUGCUGAGAGUCUGUAGUCGCCUCCUGCCAUCUGAUCUCCCUCCCCACCAUUCCCAUACUCGGUUGUUCUUUUGUCUAAUCGGAGGCCACUGUGCUGAGUCCCUGCAGUGUCUGCUCACUGCUGCCAUCUUCGCGGCUAAUCAAGGUUCCAUCCUCUUUCCCCCUCCCAGUUCCCUACCACGUUGGAUCCCAUAUCAUCACCCAUGCUAGGGUCCCCAAAGCACUGUUGGAUCCCAUUCAUCACCCAUGCUAGGGUCCCCAAAGCAUUGGGGCAGGGGCCAGAGCAGCAGCAGCCAGUGCUCCCUCCUCUACUCUGACCUGGGGCCCCAGCAUCCUGGAGCAGACGCUCCACGCACACACACCCCAGCCCUGUCCCAGGGGCCUGGCCCCCUCAGCCAUCUCAGGGUGAGGAGCUGCCAGUCAUGUCCAGAUGGAAUGACUCCCAUCCUCUCAUCUCCCCUUUGACGAGCCUCAAACUGUUCAGCUCAUCAAAGAGCCAUUGCCAACUUCUGUAUGUGGUUCUGGGUCCCAGGGAGCCUUGGAACCUGGCAGCCUGGGGUGGUUUAAUUCAUCAUGUGCAUUCCUGCUUCUCAAGGGACACAGUGGCCUACAUGGCCCAGCAUGGACCCUGGGCUGAUCAUGUGCAUUCCUGCUUCACUGGGGACACAGUGGGCCCGCAUGGGCCAGCAUGGGCCCUGGGCUGGAGCAAGCACAUCUCCAUCUCUUGCACCUCAGGCGGUAUGGCUGCAGAUGUCAGGAGGGACUGACCUCAGGACCUUCCAGGUUCCUCUGUGCCAGGAAUGAGAGGCCAGGUCCGAUCCUGCCACCUCGCCUUGACCCUGAAGUCAGAGCAGGCCAGCCGGGCAGGAAGCACGCUGUUUACUUUUUGCAUGAAAAGUAAAUGUGUACUUGAUAGAGCUAAAAUAUGAUCUUUUUUAAUUCCUCAACCCCAUAAUUUGAGCCAUUGCCUUGCUUAAUUUUGGUCUCCACCAUUUCCUUUUAGUGGAGAAGAGAGGAAGUCAGAGGGUGGGGACCUUUGCCUGCCCCUGGGCGAGUAGGGGCAGGGAUCUGAGACCAGAUUGUUCUCGCGCCCCUGCCAGAACUCACUCUCCCCUGAAGUUUAGGGUCCCAUCUCCCAGAUGUAAGUUGUUUUGCAAACUCAGUUGUUUGCCAGGAUUUCUUUCUUUCCUAAUCUUAAAGUCACAGAUAAAGCAAUGAAAAGAGUCAGAUCCCAUUUCCGUCUGCCCCCUCGUCACCAGGUCUGAUAGCCCCGGCCACGUCACACGUGGCCUCACACUUUCAGCUGAGACUUGAAAAAGAUGCUGUGGCGGAAGAGCAUGUGGGGCUUGGUGGAGGGGCCCCAGGAUUUGUUGGGGGCAGAGGGGGUGGCGGGACCUUUCCCAGGAGAUACCAGCACCUGCCUCGAUCUCCUGUGAGCCUCUUCUGCCCCCUGUCAGCCAGGUGAGGUCAGCAGCCUGGGAGAGUGCCCCCAAGAGAUGAGGGCACCCUGUGUUCCUUGGUAACAAAAGGCCAUAGAAGUCUGUUUUUCUGGGUCAAUUUUUUUGCCUGAGAAUAACAAAUUGCUGCUGUCUACCUUUAGCACACCCAAUCAUUCUAUUUGGGGCAGUGAAUGCAUAGAAGAUACAAAAAUACGCAGCUUAACUCUAUCUUCCUGCGUGUGUAUUUAUUUUCUUCUGGGUCUAGGCCAUGGUACAGGAGAACUGUGGCGUGUAGGAGGAAUACUUCAGGAUGAGUGAAGGCUGGAGCCAGGGAGCGCUGGCGGAAACCAGCCCUUUAGCCAGCAGCCCCUCCACCACAGGCGCUGCUGUGUGGAACGAGUUCUUGGAAUGAAUCCCAUGCUUUCUGCAGCCUGUAGUUGUUAUGACCCCUCGGAACAACCACCCCCUGUGGCUUGUGUGAGGUCUCGCAGGGAAAAGGGCUGGCUCCUAGGUUCCUGAGAUAAGUUUGCAGGGGGAUGGGCCAGGGCCAGGCUAAGGGUGGCUCAGUUCCAUCAUCUGGAGGUCAGACACUGUCCAGAGGCAGAACCGAAGCCCUCUCGGCCCCUACCCUAAGCCAGCCACCCCUCUUCACAGUGGGUGAGCUGGGCUGGGCUGGUCGGGCUGGCUGGCAUGAGGCCAAGGGGCAGGCCUGAGCGCCAGAGUCGCCCAGGUUAGCCCACAGGAUUCCUUUGCGUGCCAUGGAAUGCUGAAAGACUGGGGACCCUCCUGAAAACCCUUGGCAAAGGUGCCAUCGGCAAGGCUUGGCCUCAUGAAGUCUCGGGUCCAUGUUCCCGCAGGGCGCACAUGCUUGGAGAGUCCUCAGCAGGGUAGCUGAGGCCAGGCCACUUCUGCUGAGGAUGGGGCAGGCUGGGGUGUGGGUGUGGCCUGGGGUGGCUCAGGGCUGGAACUGCUGCCUGAUUCCUGUGUGGGGAGAAGCUCGGUGGCCGUUUGCUGCCACUGACAAGGAUUUCACAUGCAGAAGAGAAAAGGUCCCCCUCCGCCCCCCGCAUUCCCUGCCGAGUGAGUGCCAGUGUUUGCUGCCCUUGCUGGGGGCCGGUAGGAAACUCUGAGCUUCCUGAUGCAGAGUCAUGAAGCAGAGUCCUCGGGAAGGCAUCUCCAGAGCCCCGGGUCCUCCGUCUCAUGCCCUCCGGCUCACAGUCAAGAUAAAGGCCUCAAGAGAAUAAAGAGCCAGCCCCCUUCCAUUUAGGCUCCUGCCAUUUCCCAAACAGUUCUCCAACAGUUAGACAUUGAGGGGCUUCACUGUUAUCAGGCAUGUAACAGAAGGAGGAAGACUAACACACACCCCCUGCCCCAUCCCAUCCCCCUCUCCCGAGCCAUUUUCUUGCUGUGGCCUCUGGUGCCCUUGAGUUGGUCUCCCUGGCUGCCCUGUGGGGGCUUCACUGGCUUCGGAGUGAGCGCGAAGUCCUGGUGAGCAGUGGGCCUGUGAUUGGAUGGGAAGAUGUGCAUCCGUGGUCAAAAGUCACCUGCCAGCCCUGCGGAGCCAGAGCCUCAGGCUGAGAUGGGGAGGCCUCCCUACUUCCACCUGGAUGGUGGGCAUGGCCUGGCUUACACCAAAGGCUCUGACGGUUUCUCAAAGUAGGGAUGUGCAAAGCUUGAAUUGUCCUCAAGAUGGAUGUGAAUCUUACAUUCCUUUUCAUCGUUUCCUUUGUAAAAAUGAAGAGUGCUGGGUUUUUGUUUUAAGAAGCAUUAUGAAGGCCAGACUUACUCAUUUUUCUCCCCCAAGUGAGCUGCAAGAGGCCCCUGUUAGGCCCGUUUCCUGAGCAGUGAUGUGCUGCUCUUCUUGGUGGGGCUUUGGGCUGGGAGGGGAAGGUGGGUCAGAGAUGGGGAACCUGUGGCUGCCGUGCAGGAGCCCCUGUGUCAUCUCGUUGGACUCUUUAAGGGAGUCAGGAAUAGAUGUGUGAACAGUCGUGUCACUGGAUGCCUAUUUAGAAAUAAAGUGUAUGCUGCUGAAUUGGA